AUGUCAACAUUGGAAAAGAAGGCUGUAGCUCGUAAAUCGGACGAGGUUGCACCUUUGACGAGUACUUCUACAACUAAGAGAACUACAGUUUUUUCCUUCAAUGCCAAAUACGUGGCAUAUGCGCAUGCUAUCUCGGCAUAUACUGCCUUCAUAUCUGCUCUUGUGGUAGGAUGUUGGCUUCAUUAUCAUAAGAUUGUGGAAAACUCUUCAUUUGGUUAUCCAGAUGAAUGGUUCCCAUCUGUUUCUGCAGCAAUAGGGGAUAGAUACCCUGAAAGAUCACUUUUCCAAGUGUGUAUUGCCCUCACUGCAGGCCCAAGAUUCCUUCUUUUGCUUUUCAACUUUGUCAAGGGCUAUCCUAGAGGUUCUAAAAGAGCUAUUUCUGCCCUUAUUUCUGGAAUCAUUAGAACGUUUACUUGUGGUGGAUGGGUCUACAUUACAUCAACCGAUGAUCAUGAUUGGCAUGAUAUUUUCAUGAUCGCUUACAUAGUCCUCACCAUUCCUUGGACCGUGUUGGUUACUUCCCUCUCUCCAAAGAAUUCCACUGUUAAAAGAGGAAGAGCAAUCACUGCUCUUACUUUCUUUGGUACAUUGGUCCCAUUGGUCUAUUGGUUUAUUCAACACAAGGUUCAUGUAAGACCUGGUGCUUACUCAAUCUACGCAUACUUCGAAUGGGCAUUGAUUCUUUUGGAUGUCGGAUUCGACACUUGGUCCAUCAUUGAUUUCAAUGAUUUAGAAGUCAAUUUGACCAGUGAAGGUGUUGCAUUUUCUGUAAUCCCAAAAUCUGAAUUGAAAACUACCACUACCACCACCACCACCAAGGUUGCCGAUGAAUUCACUCUUUUCGAGUUUGUCAUUAAUGUCAUCAAUUCAUUCAUGUUUUGGUCGGUCAUCACAUCUCUUUUACUUUGUGUCUGGUACUUCCCUCUUUGGUAUAUGGGUCUUUCAGGUUAUGAAGUAGUUGUAGUUGUGAUUUUUGUCAGUCCUAUUCUUUUGGUUAUCCCACCCUUACGUACCCUCUUCGUUAAAUAUCCAUUUGUCGCUAGAGCUUUAGCUGUCUUGGGUGGAAUUGGUGCAUACAAAGUAGAAGAACCAGAUCAUAGAUUAAUCACCAUCACCGUGGGUACUGCCUUUGCCUCUAUUGCAUUGGUUUCUGAAUUGUACUCCUUCCUGAAACAACCACACAAGUUCUAUUCUUACGCUGUUUCAUUCAUUCUGGGAUUACUUACCACAUCUGUAUUUAAGUAUUUGUGUUAUUCCAAUAACCCAAUCUGGCCCGUCAUGCAUGCUGACAAUGGUGGUUGGAAUGCUCUGGGUAUCUUUAUUGGAUUGGUAGCUGCUUUUUUCACACCCAAGUUAAUCACCUCCUCUACAACCACCAGCGUCACCACAAGUCCAACUGGAGGUUCAAUCUUAUUAGCUGCCCUUGGAUUUGGUGGAUACUUCUUCUCCAUUCAAUCGUUCCUCAGUGACUCGUCGACUCUUGCCUUAUGGUCUUGGGAAGGUUUUCCAGUGCAAGGUCCUACUCCGAUCACUGGGGCUUUAUUCAACAUUUCGUCCAUCAUCAUUGGUGUAUUGAUCUCCAUUAAGGUUCUGCCUAGCACUUUAUCAAGCUUAACCUGGAAUUUGAUUGGUUGUAUUGGUGCUAUUGUAUUGUAUGUGUACUCUGAUUGGAUUGGGUUUGCCGGCUCAUGUGUUUAUUCCAUUUACUUGGCAUCAUUAGCUCCACUUAUUUGGAACUCAGUAUCUGGUUACAAUCCGGGAUUAGUUUUCUCCUUGGCACUUUUCCUUGACGUUUUGAUUUCGUUAGCGUCUAUUUGGAUUGUCGCUUAUGCAUUUGUUCCAGCUGGUUGGGUGUUAAGAGAAAGAACUGAUAUUGUGUUGGGUACUUCAUACGCUAUGAUCUUAUGUGGUGUUCUCAACUUCAAAUUGAGACAAAAACUGAUAAUUAUUGCAGCCCCAACUUCCAAAUUAUUUAAACAAGCUUUAUCAGUAUUGACAGUUUUACUCUCUCUUUCAAUUGCUAUAACUUUCAAGAGAUAUCCUUCGAAACCAUUUGAGCCAUUUAAUCCAGAGUCUGGUUCAUUCACUGCUGGUAUCUGGUGUGUUCACUUUGGAUUAGAUAACGAUAUGUGGUCGAGUGAAACUAGAAUGAGAGAUCUUAUUAAGGAUGCUCAAGUUGAUAUUAUUGGACUUUUAGAAAGUGACACACAAAGAUUGAUUGGUGGUAACCGUGAUUUCACUCAAACCAUUGCUGAAGAUUUGGGUAUGUACGUUGAUUAUGGCCCUGGCCCUAACAAACAUACUUGGGGUGCUGCCUUGUUAUCUAAAUUCCCAAUCAUUGAAUCCACUCAUCACCUUUUACCACUGCCGGUCGGUGAACUUGCACCAGCAAUUCAUGCUACUUUGGAUAUCUAUGGGGAAUUAGUUGAUGUUGUUGUUUUCCAUUCUGGUCAAGAAGAAGAUGUUGAAGAUCGUAGAUUACAAUCUUUGGGCAUUCAAGAAAUCAUGGGCAAUUCACUGAGACCAUUGGUAUUGUUGAGUUAUUUGGUUACAGAACCAUUACAGGGAAAUUACAAUACUUAUGUCAGUGAAAAGUCGAGAAUGUAUGACAUUGAUAGUACUGAUUGGGAUAGAUGGUGUGAAUAUAUUCUCUUCAAAGAAUUGAAAAAAGUUGGUUAUGCCAGAAUUUCUAGAUCAACUAUCACAGACACUGAAUUACAAAUUGCUAAAUUCAAAUUAUUAACAGACGAAGAAAAGGAAAAUUCAAGUGAUGAGUUUUUAUAUGGGAAUAAUUUUGUUUCCGAAGAAGAAAUAUCUCCCGAGUUAAGAUUCCCAUCUAUGUUCCUUGGUGAUGGGGUUAGGGGACACAGAUUCCAUGUGUUUGACGAGCCACGUUAUUUCGCACAACAACAAGACCAAGGAGAGGAAGUCGAAGAGGAAAGAGGAGAAGAAUCUAGGGAUUAA